AUUAAAAAACAACAUAAUAAUGUACACCAUUUUGAUAGAAAAGAGUAAUUAAAUUAUUAGCUGGAAAGAAAAGAUGAAUAUGGAGUUCUACACUUAUGAUAUGUUGAGUGAUUUGCUUUAUCUCAUGCUCACAAUUUUUAUAUCAUUUCAAAUCUUCAACCUAUUGUCUUCAUACACCAAAACUCAACAACAACUUCCACCAGGGCCAAGACCCUUGCCCAUAAUUGGUAACCUUUUGGAACUUGGUCACAAUCCCCACAAAUCUCUUGCAAGGCUUUCCCAAAUUCAUGGCCCAAUCAUAUAUUUGAAGCUCGGCCAAACCACCACAGUUGUGGUUUCUUCAGCGGAAAUGGCCAAACAAAUCCUCCAAACUCAUGACAACCUCUUCUCUAACAGAACUGUCCCAGACUCAUUCCGAGCCUACAAUCACGACAAGCACAGUGUGUCAUUAAGUCCGGUCUCUCCUAGCUGGAGAAACCUUAGAAAAAUAUGCCACAACCACUUGUUUUCGGUUAAAGCUCUCGACUCCAACCAGAAUCUAAGGCAACAGAAGGUACAAGAGCUCUUGGCUGAUGUCCGUACAAUGGGUGAAGCAAGUAAUGAGGCAGUGGCUAUUGGCGUGGCUGGUUUUAAAACUACUCUCAACUUGUUGUCCACCACUUUUUUCUCCGCCGAUUGGGAGAAUCUCGCGGCUUCGGACAUGGCCGUAGAUCUCAAGGAGACUAUUGGGAAUGUCAUGGUGGCUGGUGGUAAGCCUAACUUGUCUGAUUAUUUCCCGGUUCUUAGGAAGCUUGAUCUUCUGGGCUUAAGGAGAAGCAUGACUUUUCACUUCCGAAAAUUGAAGGAUUUUUUCGAUGGUAUGAUCACUCAAAGACUAAAACACAGAGAAGAAAGUAAUAGUCCUAAAGGAGAAGAAGAAAAUAAUAAUAUGUUGGAUACUCUUCUCAAUUACAUGGCCAGUAAAGAAAACAGUGAAAAUCAGCUUCUAAACAAAACCACCAUUGAACAUCUCUUAUUGGAUUUAUUUGCAGCUGGAACUGACACAACUUCAUCCACGUUAGAGUGGUCAAUGACUGAGUUACUGAAGAACCCAGAAGCCAUGUCCAAAGCCCAAGCUGAGCUUAACCAAGUUAUUGGCAAGGUAAAUCAAAUGAAAGAAUCAGAUAUAUCGAGACUCCCUUACUUACAAGCUGUUAUCAAGGAGACCUUUCGUUUGCACCCACCAGCUCCAUUGUUGCUUCCCCGUAGAGCUGAAACAGAUGUGGAACUAUGUGGCUAUGUGGUUCCUAAAGGAGCACAAGUCCUAGUCAAUGCAUGGGCCAUUUCCAGAGACCCCAAUAUAUGGGACAAUCCCAAUGAGUUCAUUCCAGAGAGGUUUUUGGAAUCAGAUAUUGAUGUGAAAGGUCGACACUUUGAGCUGACUCCAUUCGGUGGUGGAAGAAGAAUUUGCCCGGGUUUGCCUUUGGCCAUUAGAAUGGUUCAUUUGAUGUUAGGGUCUCUGAUCCAUUCUUUUGAUUGGAAGUUGGAAGAUGGUGUUAAACCACAGACUUUGAACAUGGAUGACAAGUUUGGUCUCACUUUACACAAAGCUCAGCCUUUGAAAGCUCUCCCUAUACCAAUUGUUUCCACCUAAUUUAGUUAUAUCUUUGUCUGGUUUAAUUUAGCCCUUACAUAUCAAUAAAUUAUGAUCAUGUGGUCACCCUAUAGUUAAUACAAUAUACUAAUUUUCUCAGGCUAGCUUUGCUGGCAUAAGAAGAACCAAUAUAUAUACACUUGUUCGAAA